AUGACCAGAAAGGCAGAAAGUGGAAUAGUCAACGUCUGGUCAAACAGGCGCGGCGCAGGUGCGAAGAACUGGAGGUUCACUGGCUUUUAUGGGCACCUGGAGACAUGUAAGAGGAAAGAUUCAUGGGAGUUACUUCGGAGGUUGAACUCACAAUUGGCACUCCCAUGGAUUUGUGCGAGGGAUUUUAAUGAAAUCUUGUUUGAUUUCGAAGAAAGUGGGUUGCGUGGGCGGGACAGAUAUCAAAUGGAGGCAUUCCGAAAGGUGUUGGGUGAUUGUAAUCUGUCUAAUAUGGGCUAUAUUGGGAAUUGUUUCACUUGGUGUAACAAUAGACGAAAUGCAGUGGUUAGAGAAAGUCUAGAUCGCUGGUUGGCUAAUGAUGAGUGGCAAGGUUUGUUCUCUCUUGCCAGUUGCUUUCACUUGACAUCAACAACCUCGGAUCAUGCGUCCAUUUUGGUGGAUUGUUUAGGAUCAAAGAGGACACCUUCAGCGGUUACUCAGCGAAACGAAAGGAUGUAUCAGUUUGAAGCUCUAUGGCUUCGAGACGAGCUAUGCGAGCAAGUGGUAACAAACACCUGGGAACGGGUAGGGGGAGAUGAUCCAGUUCUUAGGCUGCAAACGGCCAUAUCUCAGCGGGCAAGGACUAACUGGCUUUUGGAUGGAGAUCAGAACACGAAUUUUUUCCAUGCAACAGCCUCCCAAAGACAUCGGAAGAAACAUAUUGCUGGAAUUGAGGAUGGAAACGGGGGUUGGUUGACAGAACAAGGGGAUGUUGAAAAGGUUGCUGUGGAUUACUUCAAAGAUUUGUUUAGUUCCGCACAACCUGUUGGCAUUGAGGAAGUUUUGGAGGCUGUUCGGCCAAAGGUUACAGACGAGAUGAAUAUGGGCUUAACUAGAGUUUUCUCGGAAGAAGAAGUGAAGUGUACCCUUUUCCAGAUGCACCUUACAAAAGCAUCGGGCUCAUAUGGUAAACCUACAAUUUUUUCCCAAAAAUUUUGGAGUGUAGUAGGGAAGGACGUGCGUAGGGCUGUCCUAGGCAUUCUCAAUGGAGAUCAAGAUGUGGCAACAUUAAACGAAACCUUUGUUGUGCUUAUACCCAAGAUGAAAAGGAGUGGAAGGAAUAGCAAGAUGGCAUUGAAGAUUGAUAUGAGUAAGGCGUAUGAUAGAGUGGAGUGGGUAUUGUUGGAGAAUCUCAUGUUGAAACUUGGGUUUGAUCAGAAAUUUACAGCAUUGGUUUUAAGAUGGUUUUCUUCGGUAUCAUUCUCGGUGCUCAUCAAUGGAAUUCCAUCACAGAAGUUUGGGGCAACUAGAGGGCUGCGCCAAGGCGAUCCUAUUAGCCCUCAUCUUUCUAUCAUUUGUGCUGAGGCUUUCUCGGCUUUGCUGAGUAAUGCGGAGGCACAAAAUUUGAUUAAUGAUAUAGCUAUUUGUAGGGCGGGGCCAAGAUUAUCCAAUUUGUUUUUUGCCGAUGAUAGUUUACUAUUUACGUGUGCAAAUAUGGAGAAGGUGCAGGUGUUGACUCAUAUUUUCUACGAACAGGCAUCAGGGGAAAAAAUUAAUCUCGAUAAGUCUACCAUGUUUUUUAGCAAGAGUGUACACGAGGAUAGGCGUCUGGCUAUCAAAGCAUGCUUGGAUGUGGGGUCUAUGGCACUGAAUGGGUAA